AUGUCAGUAGCAGCAGCUCUAGAGAAAGGGAACUAUCGACACCUGGACCUCCUGGUGCGGGCCGGGUUCAACGUGGACACCGCCACAGAGCGCGGACAGACCCCGCUCAUUCUCUGCUGCUAUAUCGAGGACGAGUCCAGAGGACAGCACUGCGCACACCUGCUCCUGAGUCGUGGGGCGAACGUGGGGCUAGCCGACCCGUCCGGACGGAACGCACUCAUGCACGCCUGUCUUACCGGGAGGCGCCGCCUGGUGGAGCUGUAUAUACAGCCUGAGUGUGUCGACUUUGACCUGAACGCCAAGGACAAGGACGGCAACACUGCAUUACACCAUGCAGUUUUGUCAGGUAAUCCCGACAUCGUGCGGUCAAUGACCCGUGCCCUCGGCAAGUUCCACCUGGGAACGAGUGAGCCCAACACCCUGGGACUGACGCCGUACGGCCUGGGCCGCAAGCUUGGCUUCCAGGAGUGCUGUCACGUGCUUUCUGAAGGCCGGCGAUCAACGCCUCCCACCCAUCUGAACAUGCACAACCUUCGCCUCCCAACUCCGACAGCCCACGAAGUCGAUGUCGUCACCCGGGAUCGCCACAUACCUACGGAGAUGUCCCACCGAUCACUUCAGCCGCUGUCGGCAAUGUCCGUCGCCACUCGUGUGCAUCUCUCAACGCCAGGUGAGCCUGCUAGCCGCGCCGUCUUGCGGGAGGAAGAAGACCUGCAGAAAACUCGCGGGCGGCUGACGUCGUGGAAGAUGCUGGAACAGCUCCACCCCAUCAGGUCCGUCGUUCUGUCCAAGUCCUACAGGAAGCCGGCUGUCCCUCCCCCACCGCCGAGCCCGAUGUCAGAGCGGGGCAGAGUCAAGCGUAAGCCCUCCCGUAGGAGCACGACCUCCUCCCAAUCCUCGCGCAAGUCGGGCUCGGGGUCUCCCUUCUGGAGGACGGCCCGCGAGUCGCCACGCGGCGGUAAGAAAGGAUCGCGGUCACCUUCAAGAACCGCCGUCGCGUCGCCUCUGCUGUCGCCAAAAAAUUCGUUCGGCGGCUCCCGAUCCCAGUCCCCCACCCGCGGGAAUUCUUCAGCCAAGGCAGGGGCGAACAGAGCACCGAUCCGAACUGAGGAGUCCGGGAAAACCAACCAGCCUAAGCUGUCCAGCCCACAACAGUCGCUGCUUACAAAAGCAGAUGUUUCACCGGAGACGGGAUCAACGGACAAAAAUCCCGCGGGAGACAAAUCUGUCGUGACCCGCAGUGGAGCAUUCGAGCUCAUCCGGACAUCUUCUGUCUCCAAGGGGGACAAAGUGGCCACAAUCUUCGAUACAAUGACAGAGCCUACCCCAACCCAUUGAGAACCAUUAUCAUCGAUAUCUCUUUC